AUGUUCACUUCUGAAGAAUGGACACAAAAUAAGUUGUUUAAGGAAGCUAAGGGGAAGCAUGCAACAAAAAUUGCACUCCUGCCUUUGUUUUGGAAUAAUAUUGUGUACACUCUCAAAGUCAUGGCUCCUCUUGUACGAGUCCUUCGACUUGUUGAUGGUGAAAAGAAACCGGCAAUGGGGUACAUUUAUGAAGCAAUGGAGAAGGCAAAAGAAGAAAUAACAAAGUCUUCUCAAAACAAUGAAAGUCGAUACAAAGAAGUGUUCACCAUCAUUGAUAAUAGGUGGAAUUGCCAACUCCAUAGGCCUUUGCAUGCAGCUAGUCACUUCUUGAAUCCGGACACAUUAUAUGAAAACAAACAGUUGAAAUUUGAUAUGGAGGCUACUAGAGGAUUGUAUGAUACCAUUAGAAGGUUGGUGCCAAGCAAAGAUGCUCAAGACAAGAUUCUUGAAGAGAUGGAAAGCUACAAGUCUCGUGGUGGUCUCUUUGGUAGUGACUUAGCUGAACGACAACGCAAGAAAAUUGCUCCCGCUCAAUGGUGGAGGAUGUAUGGCCACUCAACUCCAAACUUGCAACAACUUGCUAUUAAAAUCUUAGGCCUAACUUGUAGUGCAUCCGAAUGUGAGCGCAAUUGGAGUUAUAAUCAAAAGUUGGUUGAUAGACAUAAUCGUAGACAUGAAAUUGAUCCAAUUUCACUCAAUGACAUUGAUGAGUGCAAUGAGUGGUUAGCUGGAGAGGUGGAUGAUGAGAAUGAUGAAGAGAAUGAUUUGGUUUUUGAUGAUGAUUCACUUAAUUGGGACACCGUUUAUGAGGCUUCGAGGGCUGGGAAAAGAAAGCAGCCAUCUACUGGUGUUGGUGAUAGUUCUAGAGCUAGAGGUGUUAGAUCCUCUAAGAAAAGCACCAUGACUUCCACAUCUUCAAGAUCAAAAGGGAAAGGGUUAGAGAGGGUGCUUAAAGAUGAAGAAUUUGAUGAUAAGGAUGAGAUUGAUGAGAAUGAUGAGAAAUCCGAAGGAGAAGAGGAAUAA